AUGGCGCUCGCCUACCAAUCACGUCUCUGGCUCUGUACCAAGCUUGUGCUCAUGAUAUCCCUGUUCGGCUUGUCCAGUGCCAAAUCACGCACGACAUCUUUUGCUGCCAGAAUCGAGAGGUUCCGCGUCACGGCAUCAAUUCGUCGAGUUGUAAUCUGGCACCAGACGCGAUACAACUUCCCCAGUGGCGCAAAUGUCGGCGUGACCAUUCUGGGCUGUACACUCUUCUCGCGAGUGGUUCCUGAACAGGCAAGGGAAGUGGUAGAUCGCUUUGUCGACUUGAAAGACAUCAUUGAGUGGGACGUGGAAGACCAUACUGAGCGUCACCAAGCGGACGUGCAGUGGUUAAAUCAUGAGGUCGAGAAAAUCAGCGAGGCAGAUCCCGAACCCUUCGGUAGACAGAAGAACCAAGAAUCCAAGAUACGAAAAGAGCACUGUCGAUUCGGGGUUUAUGACAGACCUCAGCGGUCAGAUAUGUUGGAAAAGGUCGACUGGGAAGUUGUGGGCAUUUGGCCACACGCAUUACAGUGUCGAUUUCAAAGAUGA